GCUUCUCAGUCUCCACUGGAACUCUGGAAGUGGAAGCAGACUCCAGUCGACAAUGCACGCACAUGACUGGACUGCUCAGCAGCUGCAGCAACCGCAGCAACCAAGCAUGGAAACGAUGCUUGGCCCUCGCCCACCGCUGUUCAACCAUGCAACAACUCAAGGCAAUCCACGCUCUCUUCAUCGUUCACGGCUUCCACCGCAACAACUACGCCAUCAGCAAACUCAUUUCCUUCUGUGCCCUCCCCGUCUCCGGCAGCCUAUCCUAUGCCUCUCUUCUCUUUCACCAAACCCAGUCUCCCAAUUCGUUUAUUUACAACACCCUAAUCAGAGCCUACUCUCGCGCUUCUCUACCUCUGCUUGCUCUUGAUUACUUCCGUCUCAUGUUGUGCGACCACAACGUCGUUCCCGACCAACACACCUUCCCCUUUGCACUCGCCGCCUGUGCAAGCAUCUCUUGGGUCCCUGCCGGAAAGCAAAUUCAUAGCUGUGUCCUCAAGAACGGUUUGGCUUCCUUUAGCAAUCACGUUCAGACUGCCCUUGUCCGUUUAUACGUGGAAUGCGUCGAUUUGGAUGGUGCUCAAAAUGUGUUCGACGAAAUUCAGAAGAAAGAUGCUAUCCAAUGGAACGUUCUUAUAAAUGGGUAUCUUCGUUGGGUUUCUGCUUCUGAGGCUCUGAAUAUUUUCCGUAACAUGUUCUCUGAUGUGAAGCCUGAUGAGUUCUGCAUUGCUACUGGCCUCACAGCUUGUGCUCAUUCGGGAGCUCUUCAGCAGGGAAUCUGGAUCCAUGAGUACAUUAAAAAGAGGGAUGCUUUCACCGAAGAUGUGUUUGUGGGGACAGCACUUGUUGAUAUGUAUGCCAAGUGCGGGUGUAUUGACAAAGCAGUGGAAGCAUUUCGGUGCAUGCCCAAGAGAAAUGUCUUCUCGUGGGCUGCAAUGAUCGGUGGCUAUGCUGUGCAUGGGUUCGCAAAGGAAGCACUUCAUUGCUUGGAGAAAAUGCAGGAGGAAGACGAGCUUAUGCCAGACGGGGUUGUGCUUCUUGGGGUUCUUACAGCUUGUAAACAUGCUGGUCUUCUGGAAGAGGGCCUUUUCCUUCUAAACCAUAUGGAGUCUAAAUACGGUGUUGUACCAAAACACGAGCAUUAUAGUUGCACUGUGGACUUGCUUUGCAGGGCAGGCCGCUUAGAUGAAGCUCUCAAACUUAUAAGAAGAAUGCCAAUGAAGCCACUUGCUUCUGUUUGGGGCUCAUUGCUCAGUGGUUGCAGCAUGCGUGGUAACGUUGAACUUGCGGAGCUUGCAGUUGAAGAGCUCCUACAGCUUGAGCAAGAUGCAUUGGAAGAAGAUGGUGCUUAUGUUCAACUAUCAAACAUUUACUUGGGUGCACGGAGAUCUGAAGAUGCACAGAGAAUUCGGAGAUUGAUUGGCGAUAUGGGGAUCAAAAAGACACCGGGAUGCAGUGUCAUUGAGGUGAAUGGGGAAGUGAAUGAAUUCGUUGCGGGGGAUGUAGUGCACCCUCUUUGUCUUGAGAUACAUGAAAUGUUGGAUUUGUUGUCGACCCAUAUUAUUCAUCACCCUUUGUAUAACAGAUCAAAGUGCCUGCAUGCGUUCACUAGAUGAAAUAUUCAUCUUCUUGAGAAUUAUGUGCCCACCUGAAUGGUUAGUACAACUCUACAUGGGAGUAGUCCAAUUCUUUUUCAGCCAUUGCAUCUUUCUCUGCAAUAGCAACAAGAGUUGGUUGGUAGCAGGCUAGCAGCUGUUUGGGAAGCAUUGAGAGAAAGAGUUCAAGAAGUCAUCUAUUGUGCAGUGGAGAAAAUGUUUCUGAAUAUCAAGCUACUUUGGAUGCUAAAACUUUUGGAAGUUCCACUUCAAAAGAACCAAUAUGUACCUUAAGUUCCUGCAUUUUUUUUUUUUCGAAAAAGAUAAGGUAAAAUUUUAUUAAAAGAAAGGAGGAGAGUAUACAAGAAGUAUACGGGAAGAAAAGAAAAGAAAAAAGCACAAAAUGCUCCCAACCCAAACACCCAAAGCAAGGGCCUAGGAUUUUGGAAGUUCAUCUUGAAAAUGUGGUAUUCCCUUCAAAUAAAAAGCCAAUGUUCCUUGUAAGUCCCUGUUAAAUUCACAUUCUUGUCUUUAUUUUCUCCUUCUAUAAGGGUUGUGUUUGUGUAGAGAAUGCAUCAAUAAAGUGUAGUUUUCCUUUUA